GUGUUCAGGUUUAAACUCAGGUUCAGUUAUUGAGUGAAAACACCAACAGACUCAGACAUUUAGAACAAACUAAGAGUCAGAUCAGCAGAAACAGAGAACACGGACAUGUCUGCUGUAACUGCGUCACUCUGCUCCACGCUGAUGUUUGUCCUGUUCGUCUCUGCAGACCAGAAAAACAUCACAGCUGAGUCUGGACAGGACGUCACUCUGACAUGUCGAGCUCCAAACAACAACAUCAUAGUUUUAGAGUGGAGCAGAGCUGACCUGGUAGAUGAAUAUGUCCUUGUGUACCGGGAUUGUCAAUUUACUCCAGAUGACCAGCAUCCAUCUUUUAAGAACCGGGUGGAUCUGCAGGACAGACAGAUGAAGGAUGGAGACGUGUCUUUGAUUCUGAAGGAUGUGACGAUUAAUGACACUGGAACAUACGAGUGUGGUGUUGUCCAGAGAGAGGGAGACAGUAUGAAGCUCAUCAACUCCACCUACCUUCAUGUUGAUCCUCCAGGUCAGACAGGAGGAUCUGUUGGACUGAAAGUUGGUCUGUCAGUUUCUGCUGUGCUUCUUGUUGCUGUUGUUGGUUUCCUGAUCUACAGAAGAUCUAAACUGAAUCCUGCUGAUCCACAUGUAGCAGAGCGUCUUCAGCAUGAAUACAAAAACAUCCCAGCUGAGUCAGGACAGGACGUCACUCUGACAUGUCGAGCUGUAAAUAAUGAGUCAGAGAAAAUGAACCAACAGCUUCAUCAGCCUGAGGUUGAUCCAACACAGACUGAGACAUCUCGCUCAGUCUCAUCCUGA